AUGGUGCAAUUGUGUGAACAGUUCAGCAUAAACGACAACAGGGACGUGCUUUUGGAGAUCCUCAAGCGGCUGGACGACGACCGGUCGCUGGCGGCGGCCGCCUGCGUCUGUCGCCUGUGGCGGGGCCUGGCAAGGAGCGACGCCCUGUGGGAGCACCUUUGCUUCCGCCAGCUGGCGCCGCCGCCUGAAGGGGUGAGGGCGGUGGUGGCGGCGCUCGGGGGUUACCGGAGGCUGUACACGGCGUGCGUGAGGCCGGUGCUCAGGACAAGGCCGCAGGGGAGGACGGCGGCGGCGCGGGUGUGGUCCCGCCAUGAGGUGGAUCUGUCGCUGUCGCUCUUCUGCGUAGAUUACUACGAGCGGGUGAUGCUCACCGCCGGCCGACCGCCACCAUCGGAUUCGCUUGUGUUGGGACUAUGUGGAGCUGUGGGUGUUUGA